AUGAGCUCCUCCUCUCGACCAAGAAUCCAAAGACCUUCUUCUCAAGACACACCAACAGCGUCCGCUGAUUUCACAUUGUCUCCAACUGCCGUGACACAUCAAUUUCCUGGAUCGGCAACUUCCUCACCUUCCUUGAUGUUCAACGAAGAGGAUGACUUUUACGGUGGAUCUUCCAGAAUAAAUCAGAGAACCAACUAUGGUCCGUCUGUUACUAUCGCUGGAUCAUCAUCACCGCCACGACAAGUACCAUCGGGUCUCUUGCUUCCGGAUUUUUGA